UAUAGAUUAGUUAGGUUUGGGACUGAAUAACGGAUCAGAGCAAUCCCACUUGCUGUGCACGCCACGUGCUUGAUCAAUGUACUAACAAAGGCAAAGGAACUUUAUUGAGUCAAACCCACAUCUGAAUCCAGAGUGUAGAGUGGGAAGAUGGAUGUUGCUUUGCUGGGUAGCGAUGCUGGAGAAGCUGGCGGCAGCGGCAGCCCAAGAAGAAAUCGUCAGCAUGGAUUCCACCGAAGAUCAGAUGCUAUUGCAUAUGGAUCAACCUAUCAAAGGGCUGCUGCUUUGGUUGAUCUCGCUGAAGAUGGAAUUGGCGUACCUGAGGAAAUUCUGGACCAGUCAAGCUUUGGAAGCUCCUUAAAGUCGUACUUAAGAUUUAUACAAUUUGAUAUCCUUUGGUCCCUCAACUACUUUGCUUUAAUCCUUCUGAAUUUCUUUGAGAAACCUCUAUGGUGUUCUGAGCAUUGCAGUGAUAGGGAGUACUACUUUCUAGGACAGCUGCCAUACUUGACUGGUCCAGAGAGUCUCAUUUUUGAGGUGCUUUUGUUGUUAAUAUUGAUUAUUGAUCUAUCAAUCUACGCUAUAUAUCUUUCUCCAGUGGUGUUCUAUACUCUUCCAUUCAGGAUAGCGCCCUACAUCAGGGUUGUAUUUUUUGUUCUUAACAUCAGGGACAUACGGGAUAGCAUCAUCAUCCUGGUUGGAAUGCUUCUCACAUAUCUCAAUGUCCUGGCUUUAUGGCUUUUAUUUCUUCUGUUCUCUAGCUGGUUGGCAUAUGUCAUUUUAUGGCGCAACAUUGUACCAAAUGUUCAUUUUAUUCACCACUUCCAACAAUCCAGAUGUCUGGAUUCCUGCAUAUAAGGCCUCUCGUUGGUAUUGCCUAUUCUUUGUCCUGUACGUGCUGUUAGGUGUUUACUUUGUGACCAAUUUGAUCCUUGCCGUUGUAUACGAUAGCUUUAAGAGUGAGCUAGUAAAACAAGUUGCUGAGAAGGAUCGUACAAGAACCAGGAUAUUGAAGAAAGCAUUUAACCUGAUUGAUAACAAUAAUCUUGGUUACCUUAACAAAGAUCAGUGCAUUCGCCUGUUCGAAGAACUGAACAAAUACAGGACAUUGCCGAAGAUAUCACGAGAGGAUUUUGAAUUGAUAUUCUAUGAGUUGGAUGACAGCCAUGACGUCAAGAUUAAUUUGGACGAAUUUACUGAUCUGUCCCAUGCCAUUGGACUCAGAUUUCAGAAAGAGGAUUCCGAACCUAUUUUUGAAAGCUGCUGUCCAACAUUCUAUCACUCAUAUGUAUCUGAGAAGCUGAAAGAAUUUGUUCGAAGCCCCAAAUUUGGUUACGUUGUAGCUUUCAUUCUCAUCAUGAAUUUUGUUGCUGUCGUUAUUGAGACAACGCUUGAUAUAGAGAAUAAUUCUGCUCAAGAGGCUUGGCAAAAAGUGGAGUUUGUAUUUGGAUGGCUCUAUGUUCUGGAAAUGGCAUUAAAAGUGUAUGCUUAUGGGUUCGUGAACUAUUGGAGGGACGGACAAAAUCGCUUUGACUUUAUAAUCACUUGGGUAAUUGUUAUUGGCGAAACAACAACUUUUCUUUCCCCCCGUGGGUUGACUUUCCUCUCCAAUGGAGAAUGGAUUCGGUACCUCCUAAUAGCAAGAAUGUUGAGAUUGAUUAGACUUUUGAUGCAUGUUCAACAAUAUCGUGCCUUUGUUGCGACAUUUUUGACCCUGAUACCAAGUCUAAUGCCAUAUCUCGGGACCAUAUUUUGUGUCAUGUGCAUCUAUUGCUCGCUCGGCGUACAGAUUUUUGGUGGGAUAGUUAAUGCUGGAAACCCAAAUCUCACUGGAACUGAUCUCAGCGAUGAUGACUACUUACUCUUCAACUUCAAUGACUACCCCAAUGGGAUGGUAACACUUUUCAACUUGCUAGUGAUGGGAAAUUGGCAAGUGUGGAUGCAGAGCUACAAGGAAUUGACUGGAACUAGCUGGAGUUAUGCCUACUUCAUCAGCUUCUAUCUAAUCACGGUCUUACUACUCCUGAAUUUGGUGGUGGCUUUUGUCUUGGAGGCUUUCUUUGCUGAAAUGGACCUUGAAUCUUCUGAAAAAUGUGAAGAUGGGGAGGUCAAGGAAGAAAAAGGAAAGGAACGAAGACGCAACAUUGGCACAAAGUCAAGGAACCAGAGGGUUGAUAUACUUCUCCACCACAUGUUGAGCGCCGAGCUAAAUAAAACAGAGUGUUCCACUGCCUAAACUGGGUUCAUAGGUGAACUUUGUCGAUAAUUCUUCACACUGUUCCGAUGGGCAUGUUUGUAAAGGUUUACUGGUAGCACUUAUUCAGCCUUUGCACAAUCUUGCAUCCCUUUGUUUUUCUCUGUCUCAGCUUAUUCUUAUGAAGAUAGACUCCAGCCUUGUCACAGUAUUGUUAGCAUUGGAUAACUAGUCCAGUUGUUACGAAGUAACUGAAGCCUUAUAAACCAUUUUCACUUCACUCGCUCAGUUGAUGUAGAAUGUGAAGUCUCUGUGUGAAAACUUGAUCGUUUUUCCUCGUCUUUCUUUCUGGAUAUAGAGGUGGAACCCAGGUACAUUUGAGCAUA